UUAUUAUUUUUUUUCUUUUAUACAUUUAUAUAUACUACUUACCACAUUAGAAAUAUUGACAUAAAUUAUGAUUUUAAUUACUUCUGUAGAUGAAUAUCUUGGCUAUUGCAUCUCUUCUCACUUAGCCCAGUCAAUUCCCCUUCGUAAAGAACUCCGUCUGAUUUACAGUAAUGAAAAGAAACCAUGGCUAAAUAACUUUGCCAACAAGGGUAUUGAACUCUGCUACCUUGAUGAUUACAUGCACCCUAAUCAAGUUUCAGAGGUAAUGCGUAACGUGGAUCAAAUGAUCCUUACCCUACAUCAUAGUCAUCCGGAUCGUGUUGAACAGUGUAAAUAUCUGUGCAAAGUAGCCAUCAGGUCAGGCGUUCGAUCUAUCCUCUUUCUUUCUCAUGUCGGCGCUCAGUCACCUCAUCAUCAUGCCCUCUCUGACUUUGGCGUUAUUGAAGAUUUCUUGGUCAAGUUGGGAGAGGAAGAGAUGAGUUAUACGAUUUUAAGAGUGGAUUGGAUUCAACAAUACUUUCACCACUGGGCUCCUGAAGUAGAGAAGACGAGUCUGUUAAAGUUACCCUUAAGUCAGACUAGCACGAUCUGCCCAGUAGACAUGACUGAUGUGUGUGAGGCAGUAAUGAGACUGAUUGGCAGUGAUCAUGAGGGGCAAAUCUAUACCCUCUCUGGCUCCGAGGCUCUGACGGGUAAUAAGUUGGUACAAAUCAUGUCCUUAGUUACAAAAUAUAAAGAACAUCGGUUUCAACAAGUACGUUUGAUGGACACAGAAUACUAUUUAAAAGAUCUUGGUCAUGAUAUUUGGUUUGAUGAAAGACUUAAAAAGGAAAGAUCAAUGAUAUAUCGUGAUCCACUAGAGAAAGAAUUAAGUUACAGAUUAAUGGCCUUUGACCCACCUAGUCGUAAUCAAAUUCAUGUAUUUUUGGAUUAUUUUGAUUGGGUUGAAAAGACAGCAGGAAGUAUACCCACAAAUGAAAUUCAAUCAUUAAUUCAUCAAAAGCCAAAAUCAAUUCAAGAAUUUUUCAAGGAAAAUGCAAACACUUUUAAACCAAAAGUUUAGAGAGGAAAAAAAAAAAAA